AAACCUCCAGGAUCUGUCCUUAAGGACCACCAAGAGCUCAGAGAAGGGGGAGAGAAACCAUCAUCAUCACUGCCAGCGGUGCCUCUGGGUGGGAACGAAGAGAACUUCAAUACUUUUCAGUCUAGGGAAAAAUAAAAGCAAUGAAACCGGCAAGCCUCUUCGUCUUGGCAUCUUUUCUGAUCUGCAACUUGGCGGUGUCAGAAGAACAGGGUCUCCCUGCUGAGGAUGAGAUGGACCGAAGUACCACUAUUGACAACAUUAUACUACAGAGGGCACAGGACAUCCUGUUACGCUCUAUUCUCAAAAAGCUGCAAAAUGAAAACGACAGAAAUGAUGGGAUUUUCUCUCAGCCAGAAUGGAUGACAAAAAGACAGCAUCCCGGUAAACGGUACUUGGAGGAUCUGGAGAAGCGGCAGCAUCCGGGCAGAAGAGAAGGGGGCGACGACGCGCAGCUCUGGGAUGUGCAGAAAAGACAGCACCCCGGCAAGCGCGAAGACGAGGUGCAUUCGUUCCUGGAUUUCCAGAAGAGGCAGCAUCCAGGGAAGCGCUCCACCGUGGAGUACAUCCCCGACAACCCCACCGCACUGCUCGGCGAACUUUCAAAGCGACAGCACCCGGGCAAGCGCUACCUGGUGCUGCACAGCAAGCGCCAACACCCAGGUAAGCGCUUUCUGGAAGAAGAGGACGGAGAGGCGGGCUUGUUUGAGGAUGGAGAGGAAGAUGCGAGCGAGCUGGAGAAGCGUCAGCAUCCAGGGAAACGCUUUUGGGAUAACUCCAGCCCGGAAUUAAGCACCAGCAACCCAUGUGAAGUUUUGGACUCUGACAGCUGCAGUAAGACCAGCCUGCUGCUCGACUUUCUGGAAAACAUCAAAAGUCAGGAGAAGAGACAACACCCGGGGAAAAGGUUUGCACCAGAGGAGGAUCUGGAGGAAAGAGAGUAGCAAAGAAUAUACACAGCUCCUCUGCUUUAUAUGUAUUAUAAAUAAGUUAUCAGAAUGAAAUAU